AUGAGUCGUGCUGAAGCUGAUUUACAGCUUAGUGUUAAGAAAGCGUGUAAUGCUGAUGAAGUUCCUCCAAAAAGAAAACAUGUGAGGGCCUGUAUCGUGUACACCUGGGAUCAUAAGAACUCUAGAGAAUUCUGGAAUGCAGUCAAGAUCCAACCUUUACAAAGUCAUGAAGUUCAAUUGUUUAAAGCUUUGAUCAUGAUUCAUAAGGUUUUACAGGAAGGUCAUCCAAAUACUUUGAAAGAUGCUUAUCGUAAUCGUGACUUUUUAUCAUCUUUAGCUACUGUAUUUUCUGCUCAUGGGAAUGGAUCUUAUGGUCGUUUGAUUAAUCAAUAUGAUAAGUAUAUUUUACAGAAGUUGGAUUUCCAUAGAAACAAUCCUGGUUUCAAUGGUAUGUUUGAAUAUGAAGAAUAUAUUUCCCUUCGUGCUGUCAAUGAUCCAAAUGAAGGUUAUGAAUCUAUCUUACAAUUGAUGGAUUUACAAGACCUGAUUAACGAUUUACAAAAAAUGAUCUUUGCAACUAUAAAUCAAACUCCAAAUAAUCUUUGUAAAGUAAGUGCUUUAGUGCCAUUGAUUUCAGAAUCUUACGGUAUUUAUAAAUUUUGUACGUCGAUGUUAAGAGCUAUGUUUCAACAAUUAGGAGCUGAUGAAGCUUUAGAAGGAUUAUUCCAAAGAUUUGAUAGUCAUCAUUUCAUGCUUAGAGAUUUCUAUACUGAUUGUAAUGCUAUUAAGUUCUUAACCAGUCUUAUUACUAUUCCAAGAUUACCUAAUAAUCCUCCAAACUUACAAGUUACCGAUGAAGGUGUUCCAAUCUCCAGACCAAGAUCAGUCAACAGUAAUCAAGUUAGUGAACAACAACAAAGUUUUGAAGCCCCACAAUCAGCUCCACCUGAUUUAGAACAUUUAAAAUCUCAGCAAACAGGUUACUUGUUCCAACAACAACAAGAACAAGAACGUAUCCAACAACAAUUGGAAUACCAAAGACAACAACAAUUAGAACAACAACAACUACAACAAAGACUUUUUGAAGAUCAACAACGUGAGCAAGAACGUUUGUUCUUGCAAGAACAAACCGCAUUACAAGCUCAACAAACUGCUCAACAUCAUGGAAGAGUUUCUGAAUUGGAACAUGAUUUACUUAUGUUUAAGAACCAAUAUGAUAAUGAUCAACAAUUAUUGCAACAAUAUGAUGCUCGUGUCAAGAGUUUAGAAACUGAAUUACAAACUUUCAACAAUACUGCUACCCAACAAGUUGCUUCUAAAGAUGAACAAAUUAGAAAUUUGGAAGAACAAAUUUCAAACUGGACUAAAAAAUAUGAAUCUUUAGCUAAAUUAUAUUCUCAAUUAAGACAAGAACAUUUGAACUUGUUGAAUAAGUUUAAAAAGAUCCAACAAAAAAUCACUAGUGCUCAAGAAUCAAUCUUAAAGAAAGAGAAAUUCGAAAAAGAUUUGAAAUCUAAGAAUGUCGAAUUAGCUGAUUUAAUCCGUGAAAGAGAUAGAGCUAGAUUAGAUUUGGAUAGAUUAAGAGCUAGUAAAGAUCAAGAAAUUGAAAAACUUGAAGCUCAAGUUAGAGAGUUAAAUAGUCAAGCCAAUGAAGCUGGUAGACAAUCUAUAAAUCUUUCAUCUUUGAUUGCCAAACAUGAAAGUGAAAAAGAUGAAUUAAAGAAACAAUUAGCCAAUGGUGGUAAUACUGGAGAUUUGGAAGAUAAAUUAAGAGAAAAGGAGGUUGAAUUAGAAAUUGCACAAGAAUCUUUAGAAAGUGCCAUGCAAGCUUUAGAAUUGAAUAAUAAAGAUAAUGAAGAUAUUAUUAAUAGUCAAAUUGAUGAAAUUAUAUUAAAGAAUAUUGAUAAAUUAAAGGAUUUGAUUGAUUUAAUCUUAGAAAAUAAUAUUAUAAGAGUCCAAGAUUCAAGACAUGAAUUAGCUUCAACCAUGCAAGCUGGUAAUUUGAAUGCAACUCCAGAAUAUGUUUUAUCGAUCAUUGAAUUGACUUCUGAUACUGCUACUGAUUUUGCAUCUAUUUUUAACAAUUAUAUUGCUGCUGCUGUUCAAUCAUACGAUGAUUCAGAUACUACCUAUUCUGAUAUUAUCUUAAAGAGUAGUGAUCUUGCUACCAAUGUUAUUGAUUUAAUGUUGAAUACUAAGGGUAUUACUCGUUUAGUGCCAAAAGAAGAUGAAGAAAACCUUUUGAAUAUCGUUGAAGAUGUUUUAUCAAAGACAAUUGGAUACUUUGAAACUUUAAAAUCAGAAAGCUUAAAGUUAUUUGAUGAUGACGAUGAUAAAAUAGAUGCUGUUAUUGAUGGUAACUUGAGUGUUCAAAAUGCUUUACAAGAAUUAGGUAAGAAUGUUGACGGUUUAAGAUCAAAGAGUGGUAUUGACUUUAACCUGGGUAAUUUAGAAGACAUUGUAAAUAAUGAAAUGAAACAAACCGCUCAAAAGGUUGAUUCCGCUUCUAAAUUCUUAGAUGACCUUUUGAAAAAUCCAAAUAUCAGUGGUGGAGAUAUUGAAGUUCAUGAAGCUAUCUUAGCCGCUGCUAAAUCCAUUACUGAUGCUGUUAUCGCUUUAAUCCUUGCCGCAACUGAAUCCCAAAAGGAAAUUGUUACUAAGGGUAAAGGUGCUCAAUCAAGAACUGCAUUCUAUAAGAAAAAUAAUAGAUGGACUGAAGGUUUAAUAAGUGCAUCCAAAGCUGUUGCCGGUGCCACUAAUAUUUUAAUUCAAACAGCUGAUGGUGUUUUGAAACAAACCAAUUCUCAUGAACAAUUAAUCGUGGCUUCCAAUGAAGUUGCAGCAUCUACCGCUCAAUUAGUUUCAGCCUCAAGAGUUAAAGCUAACUUUAUUUCUAAAACUCAAGAUUAUCUUGAAACUGCUUCAAGUCAAGUUUCAUCUGCUUGUAAAGUAUUAGUCUCAAAAGUCCAAGGCUUGUUAUCUAAACAAGAUCAAGCCAAUAAUGACAUUGAUUUAAGUAAAUUAACUCCUUAUGAAGGAAAGACCGUUGAAAUGGAACAACAAGUUGAAAUUUUAAAAUUAGAAAACAAACUUGCUUAUGCUCGUAAGAGAUUAGGAGAAAUUAGGAAACACGGUUAUAGAGAUGAUAAUAGCGAUGAUGAAUCUUAA